GCUAGGCGAUGAACUUUUGACGGAUGUGGUUUUUUGAUGCUAUUCCUGCAACAACUCUAGCCAAGGUGCCGGUGUAGGUGAUGGCAAGACAUUGAUCAAAAACUAUGUGAUUGUCAUGUACAUAGAAGCACACCAUGGCCGUAAAGCACAAAAGCGACUAUCGGUUGGGUUUUGUUAGUCUCCUCCAACCAACGUGCUGUUCCCGAACGUUGGCGUCAUGGUUCUGUUAUUGCAUGCUCGCCUGUGCCCUUCCUGCUUCUAUCUCAGCGGUCGCAGGAAGGGCUUCAUUGCAUCCGACUAGCGGUAUCUGCAGGACGUACAAACACUCCUUUGAAAAACGAAACUCUGGCGGGGUUAUUAGCCACGAGAUUGGAGAACUUGUCGGAGAGACUUUGGGCUGGUCGGGUAUCAAUGCGUCUGGAAGCCCAACCUGUCUGCAACAGAAGGGCACCCUGACCACCUCUCGGCCAAUCAACGUCAGCCGCUGCUUAGACGGGAAAACCGGACCAGUUGUCGCUUUGUCGAGGGCAGGAGACCUGAAAUGUCAUUGUGGACCUCGCCGCACCAGUGCUCCUGAGGUUGCCGUAUGCACGCCACAGCGCCAACCCUUUGACCCCUGAAUCUGUGUUGCCGCAUCAGGGCCAUUAUCGCCCCCCGGGUAGUCAAAGACGACAUUGAGUGGACUGCGCCAAAUCACCCAGGGGCGUUUGAAGCCCUGGA